CAUUUACCUCCGCUAGACUACAGGCUAGACUCUAGCGCUUUUACUUGUGCUAUCAUCUGCGUCUGACUGAGUGGUGCUCGGCAUUGAGCGGGUUGACGAGCAUUAUUGUUCAGAUGACUAUACCCGCGCUAGUUGUGCAAUUCAGAAAGUGACACUAGGGCUUAGCACGCGGAUUUCUCCGCUUUCUCCUUCCAGUUGUUGUUGUUGUCCUGAUACUCCCUACAGGCUUCCUGCUCCCCUAACCGAUCAGCCUAGUGGGACGGUGUUAGUGCGAGUAGUUUAGGCCGUCCUGGUCAGGCUUGUGGACCUGGGUUGUGUGGCAGUCUGGUGCCACCUACCACCGUUCUAGCUUGGUGGCUUGAGGUAUGGCGUUGUCCACGGCACGCAGUAACAUACACAGGUGUAGUAAGCUCUCCAUUCUUCUGUUAGUCGGUGUGUUGCUGUUGGCGAAUGCCGUUCCCGGCAUCCUCAGCUCGUCUUCACGAGUUCGGUAUCUAGAAGCCAGCAGUGCUUCUCAUGUUCAGCUUCACCCCACCGUGGAGAAUGUGCUGAAGGAUUGCCCUCGUGCGUGCGCGUAUGACGUGGACGCACUCUUUGUUACAUGCCGUCUGACCGUACGUGGUGUGUACUGGACGGAUGUCGUCGACUUCCUGUCGCUCCUUCCUACCUGGACCAAGCGAAUCGAGCUGGUAGAUGAGACUGUCCGGUGCAAUUGCGAGUUCUACCAUGCAGUCAGGCGGCUGCCUUCGGGAAUAUCCGUCGGUGGACACUGCGACCAUCCCAUGGACUUGUUCAGCACAGCCGUCGAGGAUGCUGUCGGUCUGCUGGAGCAAUCGUGUGAUACAGCACCAGCACAUCACAUCAUGCGCCGUGGCAUAUAUACCGGAGAAAACGGCACCAGUGUCGUUUCCGGCCCGAGUGAUUUCCCCACCCUGAGCGUCAACAUUGCACCCACGUUCAGGAGCGUACUUCACGGCGCCACUGUGGUCUUCACGUGCACAAUGUCCGAGGAGGCGUCGCGUGUCAUCUGGGAGAGAGAGGACGGCCAUGUCAUUCCGGUGGGCGGCAGGUUCUCCUCCACCCUGGCACGGUUUGUGACAAGCCACAAGCUGAGCAUCAGUCGGGCCAUGCUCUCAGACGAGGGAGUGUACGUCUGCGUAGCGCUGGUAGGCCUGAGAGGACAGGUGGAGUCGGCGAGGGCAACUCUCCGCGUCCUGCCAUAUGGUCUUCGUCUAGGGUUUAGGGAUGAGCAGAACGUUUCUGCCUACGAGGGGCGUGUAGAGAUUCGGCCUGGCCACCAGCGGCCUUCUGUGAUGUGCAGCUUCAUCGAUGAUCCGGACUACCUUCUGCGCACGGCAGACGUGGUGUGCCGGGAGCUAGGGUUUGGCCUGGCCCUAAGAGCUAUCCUUGAUGAUCAGACGUAUGGCUCUCUCCCGGGUGAUAUGUACCUGCUGCCCGAGUGCGAGGGAGAUGAGUUGGUGCUGGACGACUGCAACCAUAAGAACAUGCUCGAGGCGAACUUUGACUGCGAUCCAAAACGUGUCUUUGGAGUCGUCUGUGAAGGAAAGCUGCCAACAACAGCCACUAAUGUGACAGCGGAUUGCAGCUUUGAGUCAGAUCUCUGUGACUGGAGGAACUUGAGAGGAGAUCAUACAAACUGGCGACGCGAGUCAUCGAACGGCACAGCUGGGUCAUUCUUGACUGCGUCAAGGCCCCAGGAAAGCGGUGGUACCGUGCAUGCAUUCCUGGAGAGUACCCUGAUGAUCAAUCAGCCGGAUAACUGUCAGAUGACGUUCGACCAUCUCAUGGGUGGCAGUGGCAUCGGCGGCAUCAAGAUAAUGAUGCGCACCAGCACCUCGCUGGACAUGGUGUGGAGUCGCUUUGGCAAUCAGAGCGCAGACUGGCUGUCAUCCGGAGUUGUUCUUAACUCAUCAAGGAACUUCCAGAUUGUCAUCAUAGCUGAGUUCUUCUUGGAUUCCAAUGACAGCCUGGGAAUUGAUAACAUUACCUUCCAGGAGUGUGAUGGCUCGGUCAAGACCAGCGCUGAAGACUUGCUGCAGUGUGAUCCGCGUGCUUUCCGCUGUGCCAACUCCAAUUGCCUGGCUAAGUCAUUCCUGUGCAACGGUUAUGACGACUGCGGAGACCAAUCUGAUGAGAUGGACUGUGACAUCCCAAUCAGACUGACCGGGGCACCUGGCUCUAAUCUGAGUGGAGUUGUGGAGAUGAAGAGGUAUGGAGAUUGGGGAACCAUGUGCUUCAAAGGACGUCUGCCUAAGCCGGCCGGCGACGCUAUUUGCCAGCACCUGGGGCUCGGUUUCAGCGGAGAGUGGUUCCACACGCCGCACAUGUUCCCCGCUCCGGAGACGGAGCUUCCCAGUAGCUCAAUGUCGCUGAUGGAGGAUGCGCCGCACUGCGAUCAGAAUGUCACGUCCUUCCUGGACUGCCAGCAUAGAGGGUGGAACUGGGCAAACUGCACCAGUGGCGGCGCCUAUGUUUCCUGCUCCGGAGAAAGGAACUACGAAGUGGGCAAUACACUUGGAUCUUGUGACUUUGAGCAGACCUUGUGUGGCUGGUCAAGUCCACAGCGGUUCUUCCGGUACAAGUGGAACAUGGCGUCGUCUUUGAGGAGGGUACUGGGCUCAGCCAGGCCGCGCUACGAUCACACUUUCAAAGGCUUCAGGGGAGGCAGCUAUUUGAUCUUCAACCCGACGUCGGCGUAUAUUGGUCGGAGGUACGCAGCAUACAUCCAGACGCCGAAUCUUCCUGCAAACGCUUCCCACUGCCACGUGCGUUUCUUCUACUACAUGAGCGGCAGGCGAACGGGUGAGCUUCAGGUUCGACGGCGGUUUGUUGGGGAGCUUGGACGCCGGGCUUGGUCAACACUCUUCUGGAAGAAAGGACCACAGUCGCCCGUCAACACUUGGCAACAAGGUGAUAUCACGAUCAACUCCGAGAGGCCGUUUUUGCUGCGCAUUAUCGGCAGGGCACGCUCCACGAAUCCAACUAGCGACGAGAUUGCAAUUGAUGACUUCCAAUUUAUGCCUUGUUCUGGUGAAACAGAUGUGGACGAGUGUAAUGUGACGAAGCCGUGCGGUGCCAACGCUAUCUGCACGAACACCAUCACAUCGUAUACGUGUGAUUGUCCGGCCGGGUAUUACAUGGACGACCAGACUUGCUACAACUCAUCAAGUAUCGGGCUAGGUGAUUGUAACUUUGAGCGUCAGUACUGCGAGUGGGUACGCGUGGGCGCCUACCGCUACCAGUGGAGAUUGAACAACGGUUCUACGCCGAGUUGGUUCACUGGGCCAAGCUCAGGAAAUCACUUCAUCGAUUCACACGGCUGGUACACUUACUUCGAGACCAGCAGUGUGGUGAAGGGUGCCCGGGCGGCUCUGGAGUCACCACUGCUACCCGGCAACAACUCUAACUACUGCCAGCUGGAGUUCUUCUACCACAUGUACGGCGAGCACGUCGGCUCUCUAUCCGUCCAGGUGGCCGGCACGGACAACGUCUUCCAGGAGAUGUGGUACGAGGAGCACGAUCGUGGUAACACGUGGUUCCCUGCCAAGGUGGCAAUUGCGUCUGAAGUUCCCUUCCGUGUGCGAUUGGUUGCUCGCAGUGGAAGUGGGUGGCGAUCCGACAUUGCAAUCGAUGAUGUGUCAUUCGGUAUCUGCGGCCCUGAAGUGUCAGGCGAUUGUGACUUUGAGUACGACACGUGUGCAUGGAAACCAGAAGCGGAACCAGUACCCCGUGCUGAUGUUGUUAACGUUACUGAUGCUGUGAAGUGGAUUAGAGCACGUGCGCCGGAAGUAACAGGCAAUAUAACAUCACCGUCAAAGGACCAUACUAGGCAGAAUGCUCUUGGCUACUUCUUCCUGGCAUCGAAGAGCCCUACUUCCACAGGCGAGGAAAUCGUUGGCUUUCAGAGCGGUACACUGCCGGUAAAUGACGUGCACUGUCAAGUGUCAUUCUACUAUCAGCUACGCUUCACCUCUGACCGACUUUGGUGUGAAUACAGUCAAGAUGGAGGCAAAACCUGGACGGAAACGUGGAUGAGAAGCGGAUCGACGUCGCCGAACGAGUGGCUAUACGGCGCUACCAACAUCGAUCCAUUCGAACCAUUCCAGUUCCGCUUCCGGACCAGUCUAUCUCCUGGAGGGUAUGCGGCCGUUGAUGAUAUUGGGUUUAGAGAGUGCACUACAGUCUUCAGCGGUUUAGACUUCACACAGUUCUCCAACAAAACACUGGGUGAAAUCUUCCAACCAGGUUUACGUGUGGUGCGCGGAUAUGAUUGGAUCUGGGGCACCAUUGAUGGAUACGCACCUGGUACAGUGAUUGGUGGUUUGGACAAGGACAAUCGUGUUCGAGUUCGCUGGGACAACGGGUACACGAAGGGCUUCUAUCGGAUUGCCGUCGACGACCGGUAUGAUCUGGAUGUGCUGGGAGUGGCAUCGAUCAGUAAUUGCUCUAUUCUCGACUCAUUGGAAAGGUCUUGGAAAGUCUGUCAUGAGGAAGCGCUAUGUUCGUUCGACUCCUCGGCCUACGUGACCUGCACAUGCGACGACGGCUUCGCUGGUGAUGGGCAUACAUGUCUCAAUGCCAGCAUCGGCGGAGUGGGGAACUGUAUGUUUAGCGACGAUUUCUGUGGAUGGGACCAUGCAGAGGACAGCGCACACCACUUCCUCUUGCACAAAGGAAAGACGGUUAGUGAAGGCACUGGCCCCAAGACGGCAAGCUGGCAUGCACAAGUUCACAAGGGAUAUAUCUUCUCUGAGGGCAGUCAUCGCAAGGAGGGCUCCAUUUCCUCCAUCAUCAGUCCUAUGCUUCCAGCUACGGAGCAGUACUGCCAAGUGGGAUUCCACUACCACAUGCAGGGUAACAACAUGGGCACGCUGAAAGCCUACAGAGUGACGAGAAACAGCACCGGAGACACCACCGAGCUGCUGUGGACGCAGUCGGGCGACCGUGGCCGUGCCUGGCAUAUGACUCAGAUUCCAACGCAGGCCGACUCUCUCUUCCGUAUCAAGAUAGUGGCGGUGCAAGGUGAUGGCUACGCGUCGGACAUCGCUCUAGAUAUGCUGCAGUUUUCCGAGUGCACCACACAUCUAGCAGGCUCUUGUGACUUUGAGGAGAACCUGCUGGGAGAUCCGAACUGUGGCUGGACAAGCACAGCAGUGACGGUAUCCAACACGUCACUGAGCUUUCAACGUGCCAGCGAACAGACAGUGGAGAUCAAAGGCCUCCCGGAAGUCAUACAGGACCAUACACGAGCGAAUUCUCGUGGCCACUUCAUGAUGUUGAGUGCAACACAAGAACAAGCAGUGGAGCAGCCAAUAGUGCUGCAGAGUCCGGAGCUUCCCUUCGACGGCAAGCAUUGUCAGAUGGGCUUCUACUAUCGUGCCUUUAUGGACGACGAAGGCAGUGGCAAUAUUGCUCUGUAUGCAAACUUGAAUGGAAGUCGAGUCCAGUGGUGGAGUCUUUCCGAGUCCAGUCCGAUACAAGCUGCAAGCAACGGCUGGGUUUACCAAGCUCUCAACCUGAACUACACCGAGUCUUUGCGCAUAGAGUUUGAAGUCACUGUCAGCAGUGGUAUGAUGCUGGUGGGCAUUGAUGACAUCACUUUCAGAGAAUGCGGAAAAACUGCAACUGAUUUGGAUUACUCCCUAUUCACACAAGAGCAAAUUCGUGUGCUGUUCCAAGAGGGAACGCGAGUGGUGAGAGGUACUUCCUGGAGUUGGGGAACGGAGGACGGCUACGGCGCUGGAACCAUCUACAUGGGACUUGAUAUGCGUAUUGGCAGCCAUACUUAUAUUGGCUGGGUGCAGACGAAAUGGGACUCUGGCUACAUCAGCAUGUGCCGUAUGGGGGUCGGCGGAUUCUACGACCUUGAGCGGUUGGAUGAGUUUGACCCGUGUAACUUCCCGUAUGAGAAUGGAACAACUAAUCCAUGUGAUGCCAAUGCUACGUGUAGCUCUGUGAUUCAUCACAACUUCACCUGUACCUGCCAGGAGGGCUACAUCGGCAAUGGGUUCUCCUGUGUAGAGAAAGCCAGCUAUGACACCUCUUCUGGUCCUGGAUUCGGUAACUGUGCCUUCGAGGAUGGCAUGUGUGGCUGGUACAGCUCCCCUGAAACGCCGCACAUCUGGCAGUCUAACUCCGGAGCCACCGCCACAAGUGGGACAGGCCCGUCGUUUGACGUGACCUUCAAAAAUACCAGUGGGCACUACAUGUACUUUGAAACUAGCUUCAUCCCAUCGCAAGCGCAAGCAAUACUGCAGAGUCCCGUCAUGCCUGGUGAUGACCCCAGCUUUUGUCAGAUGACAUUCCACUAUCACAUGUUUGGUUCUAACAUUGGUGAGCUGAGCGCUCAAGUGCAGCAAGGCGAUGGAGACUGGGUAGUAGCAUGGUGGUCCCUACGUGACCGAGGAGAUCGGUGGUUCAAGCAGAGCAUCGACAUCAACAGCACGCUGCCGUACAGUGUACGGCUGGUGGCCACCCGUGGCAGCGGAUUCCGCGGUGACAUCUCGGUGGAUGAUGUCUGGUUUUCGCCUUGCACUGGCUUCGAUGGUCCUUGUAUGUUUGAAGACAGUGCCUGCGGUUGGAACAGUACUGGAGAUGGAAUCGGGUGGCAGAGGACGACGGGAAGUGUAGAUCACACUCGUUUAAAUCGAUAUGGCCACUUCAUGGUAGCAGAUUUCAAGGACACUGACGGCACAAUUGUAAACAACUAUUCGUCAUACUUGACAAGCGUGCAGCUACCAGAGGACAAGCGUCAUUGCCAACUCCUGUUUGCCUACUCGAUAUCUGGCAAUGUCAAGCUGCAGGUCUAUGGCACUUUCCAGUCUGGAGAGAGAUUGUUGGGAGAGCUCGUGUCAGCCGUAGAUGACUGGGACCGGUUCCUCUACACCGGAAUCAGCAUCAACGAAACUCAAGCACCAUUCUCGGUUGCGUUCCGCGCAGUGAUCGAUAAGGAUGCUGAGUACUUGUCCAACUCUACUUCGAAGCCGAAGCCCACGGCUGGCAGGAGCGGUGUGUACUUUGCCGACAGCAUGGGCAAGACUGAUAAAGGAAACGGGAAAUUCUCGGACACAAAUGCCAAAAUUGACGAUGUCAACUUCCGCGAUUGCCUCGAGUUACCCGACAAUAGUGUAAACUACUGCAGCCUGUACACGUACGAGCAGCUGCAGGAACUGUUCUCGGUCGGCACGCGUGUUAUCCGUGGACGAGACUGGGAGUGGGCAUACCAGGACGACUUCUCACCGGGCACGGUCAUCUCGGAGGUUGGCUCAGAUGAGCGUGGACCUGGCUGGCUGGCAGUGCAGUGGCAGAGUGGUCUGACCGGCAACUAUCGCAUGGGUCGUGGUGGAAAAUGCGACUUGGAGCUGCUGGCACCUGUAGAAGCCUGCCAGGAUCUUGCUGGCAUCGACGGGCAAGUCGGAUCAUGCUCGCCCAACGCACAGUGCCACCCAUCCACUGAGAGCGGUGCACCGUAUAAUUGUAAAUGCAAUGAUGGUUAUACGGGUGAUGGUUAUGACUGUCUGCCUCUGCCACCCAUGGAUCUACCAACCAACAUAGGAACCUGUGGGUUUGAUGACGGUUGGUGCGGCUGGCGUCCCGAACCGAUGCGUCCAGGUGCCUGGUUCAUGCAUUCCGGUUCAACCGCCUCUAAGAAGACUGGUCCCAACCAUGCCAGCUCCUUCAGCAAUGUCUCCGGAUCGUACAUCUACUACGAGGCGUCGGGCUGGGAGGACCGCCAUAAGGCUGCAGUUAUCUCGCCAUACCUGCCCGGGAACAAUUCAGAUUACUGUCAGGUCGAGUUCUUUUACCACAUGAGCGGACAGGACAUUGGCGACCUGCAGCUGCAACUUAUCACGGGCCAGGGAACUGAAGAGAAGACCACCACUAUAUGGUCAAGAGCGUACUCCUUUGGCGAUCGGUGGCAUUCACAUGCCGUGAUGCUCGACCAGAAGGAGACCUUCCGCAUCCAGUUCCUGGUCCGACGUGGCAGAUCCUAUCGAUCGGACAUUGGCAUCGAUGACGUCAGGUUCUUGGACUGCGCUCCGGUCACUGCAGGUAACUGUGAUUUUGAAGAAGGUCUGUGUGGUUGGAACAACUCUACGUACAAGGGCCCUGAGGACAAUCUCUGGACAGCGAGAAGUGGCAUCAUGGCAUCUCGGUCUGGAGAUCCCAAACCACACACGGAUCAUACCAUAGGCAGCUUACAGGGCGGCUUCAUCCGUGCCAAGGCACCAACGGGCCUCGGGGAGAAAGCCAAGCGCACCACUCUGAAAAGCCCAGACCUGGUCAUGACGGAGCGGCACUGCCGCAUCGACUUCUACUACUACUUCAGCCCCUCCACUGGGCCGCAGAACGCCGAGCUGAUGGUGUCGGUGGACCAGAUCUUCCCUGAUAGAGUGAACGUAGUCGAGUACACGGUACGAAACAUGGCCAGGGCCACGGGUGCCUGGCGGCAUGCCGAUGUACAGAUGGAGAUGAUACCCCUGGACAGCACGUUUUCAGUCACGUUUGACGUGAGGUUUGCGAGCAACGAGACGGACACCGUUGUGGCGGUGGACGACUUCAGCUUCCGCGGCUGCAGCAACGAAAAGUUCGACAUUAACUACACUGCGCAGCCACUGGAAGAAUUGAAAUGUCUCUUUUCCAAAGGCUCGCGCGUGGUGCGUGGUGAUGACUGGCGGUGGGGUGUGCAGGAUGGCUACGCGCCGGGAACUAUAGUCGAAGGUCUGCACAAUGACACGAAACACACAUGGGUGUCCGUGCGCUGGGACAACGCAUACGAAAAUCUCUACCGGGUUGGAAGCAAAGGUUCGCAUGACCUUGCCAUAAUAGAAAUGGAUCGAUGCAAGCAAUGUGAUCCGUGUCCGUCAACUAGUGUGUGCACUUCAAACCGCUACAAUUACAAGUGUACAUGUCCAAGUGGUUACUAUGGAGAUGGCGCGGAUUGCUUCGUGGAGGGAGAAAAGGCAGGCUGUUCAUUCGACACUGAUCUCUGCAUGUGGAAGAGCGGGAACGGAGCCACCCUGGACUGGAAGUUCCACAAGGAACUCAAAGACGCUGACAAGAAAGACAUGGCAAGACGCCGUCGACACGUAUCCGAGCAGCUAAGCCUACUACCCGAAGUGGGGGCCUCUGGUACUGGAGGCUAUGUGUACAGUGAAGCAUCACACAAAGUGAAUCCUGCUGACAACCUGGCUAUCCUGGAGAGCGUUACCCUCAACCCUGAUGCUGGACUGUGUGAGGUGCAAUACUCAUUGCUGAUGUUCGGCUCUGAAAAGGCAGUCUUUGAGCUGCGCGCAGUGAAUGCUGCCGGGGAAACGAUCUCCAUUCGGUAUCUCACGGAGCCACUGGGCAGCAAUUGGGUGUCAAUGAUGGACGAAUUGCCACACGACGGCCUGUUCACGCUGGAGUUCCGCGCAAUGCCCGGCGUCAACGGAUCGGGAGUGUUUGCUAUCGACGACAUCCAGAUGGGAGCCUGUCAGCCACAGUCCUGUCGCUCCACUGCGCUGCCAGCGAGUGGUUUGUUUGACAUCCGGCUCACCGGCGGCAGUAUUGACAGUGAAGGUCGCCUCGAGGUGCGCGACGGCCUGAAGAGCGCCUGGGGUGGCGUGUGCGACCAUCGCUUUGACAACGCUGCGGGUGACGUGGUGUGCAAUCAACUGGGCUAUGCCGGUGCGUUCCGCAUCACGAAGGGUGCAGAAACUCAGCUGAACUUCUUCGGCGGCUCCGAGACCGCGUCCUACCCGAUCUUCUGGCUCAACCAUGUCCGCUGUAAGGUGGACAGGGUGAAGGCAAUUGGACUCGACGCUAAGCUGUCGGAUUGUGACGCAUGUCAGUGGGGCUCUUCAGUGGACACAUGUGGACGCGGCGAAUACGUGGGAUUGCUCUGUAAUGUUGAUGGUCAGUGGGGCAAUUGGUCAGACUGGAGUGAAUGUGUGGCAAGCUGCGAGAGCAAGUCAUUGGAAGGUAGCAGCACUCGCCAGCGCUACUGCAACAUGCCGCUACGCAAGAACGAUGGUAGCCGCUGUGCCGGCGCGGACACGGAAACAAAAACCUGCACGGCCAAGGCCUGCACAAAUGUACCUGGUACUACCAGGGCUACUUCAAAAUCAAGCUCUAAAGUACUCUUGAUCAUCCUAGGCGUGAUAGCCGUGGCUGCCGUGGUUCUCUUGGUCGUCAUCAUUGUCCUCAUCAAGCGCAAGAGAGCUGCUGCUAAGAAACCCCCAUCUCCUGUGACUGGUGGCAGGGCUGGCAUUGGCCGUGUUCCGGAUGUGAUAUCGUUCCAGGGCCCGUUCUCUGCGGAGAAUCCAGUCUAUGAAGAGGAGGAGGAUAUGGAUGCACAGCACACUCCACGCAACACUCCCGGCAGUCCUGCAAUGGGCUCCAUUAUCCCAGAGCUUCCGUUUGAGCCGGACAAACUACCUCUUGAGCACAAUGAAGCCAAACCAGCCCAGGACGCUACCCAGGAAACAUCGUUUGUGAAUAGAAACGCGGGAGCUUUGGAACGUGGCGCAUGGGGGUAUGGCUUCGGUGGCGAACACACAGCUGACCAAGACAUCUCUUUACGCUAGGAAAGACGCGCAUGGCGUUUUCAAACUAUAGCAAGGAGGAUUGCAAGCACUCUUCACACCUUCAGACAAGUGGAGCACGGUAGACUCAUGAAACCCUGGCUUCCGCUUGCCCCAGCCACAAGUAAAGAGCAGGUCAUUUGCGAUAGGUUUCGCCAAUAUUGACUUGCCCUGCAUAACCAUCGGUGCGGAGUUGGUGCCUGUGUUGCUCUUAAAUGCAAAUUUGAAGUAUUUUGUGUUGCUUCAUCUGAUGGUCUGUGCUGGUCUUUGAUGUGAGUAGCUGGCUGCAAUUAGCUAUGAUCCUCUGCACUAUUGUUCGCCAUAUUUUGCUGCCUGCAGUUUAGGCUUGGCUGCUUAGACCUGGUUACAAUAAACAUGCAUGAUGCAAUCGCCAUUGCACGUUUUAGAAUUCAAUACUGAUGACUACAUGUACAAAAUUAAUGUAGGCACGUCGUCAUAUUCAAAAUAUCUCUAUUUCUGCCAAAUGGCAUCUGCGAAUUUGGAGCGGGUACUUUCAUUUGCUAGCUUUCCCCUGGCGUAUAUUUCUCCCGCACAGUACCGUACGCCGAAUUUCAUUGAGCACUUAGCAUGACUUUCCUAGUAAUUUCUAAUAGAAACACAGCCGCUGUACUUUCAACAAUUAAUCACAGAGAACGACAUUAUUAACUCUUCUAA